CCUAGAAAUGCUUAAAUGGGCCAUAUCAUUUUAAGAUGGGCCUUUAGCCCAAACCCUACCAAUGAAACAAAACUUAUAACCUAUACAUACAUUCACAAAACCCUAACACUGGUGCUUGCUUCCUAUCUUUCAUCCGGCAGUUCGGUUCAUCGGAGAUCUUCAGCCAUGGUUAACGUUCCAAAGACUAAGAAGACUUACUGCAAGAACAAGGAGUGCCGAAAGCACACCUUGCAUAAAGUUACCCAAUACAAGAAGGGAAAAGAUAGCUUGGCUGCCCAAGGAAAGCGUCGUUAUGACAGGAAACAGUCGGGUUAUGGUGGUCAAACUAAGCCCGUCUUUCACAAGAAGGCAAAAACCACAAAGAAGAUUGUCCUGAGGUUGCAAUGCCAAGGCUGCAAGCAUGUGUCACAACACCCGAUCAAGAGAUGCAAGCAUUUUGAAAUUGGUGGAGACAAGAAGGGCAAGGGAACCUCACUAUUUUAAGUAAUAAUUGUGUGUUGUUUUGAUAUAUUUAGACCUACAGAUGGUGCAUCUCUUUCAGGUUUUUAUGCAGGUUUUGUGUUUGCUUGCCACAUUUUAGUUUUUUGUUGUAUGGAGCAAAUGUUGAGGAAAUGGUAUUACUGUGUUGGAUG